AUGUUGGCUUGGCUAAGACAUCGUAUUAGAUCUUAUAAUACUUCCACUUAUUCAUCAAUUUUACCUUCAGCCCUGUUUGGAAAAGUGUACAAAAUAGGCACAAAGUUAAACUUUACACUACUUGCCCUUUGCUUACUUUUGGCAUGUUCGGUUUUCUUUAAUUAUUUUUACUUGGCCGAUAAUAAUGGUCUUGAUAUUGAUACUAAAGGAGAAGAAGAAGAAAAUGUUUUCAAAGAUAGAAAAAUGGUUAUUUUCCCUAAUAAUUUUGAAAUUACUGAUAAAAACUUGCUUGAAUAUUAUCUCAAAACUCUAGAAGAACCAUUACAUCCACAAGAUACAAUUUAUAGAAACCGAUUCAUUUAUAAAGUACCUGAUGUUUCUUAUACAAGUCAAACAAUAAAUUUAUUUAGUGGUCUUUCCCAAAAUAGUCAAUCUUCUAAAUGUGAAGACUUAUCUUCAAGUUAUAGUUUUGACGUUAGUGGUCCUCAAAAUAAAAAUUGUGAUUUAUAUAAAGUAUUAGGGAAAUUUUUAAAUGAUGAUAGUGAAUAUUUCCAAGAAAUUUCACCACUUUUCCCCAAAUUAAAAGAGAUGCUUGUUAAAAAGGAGAUUGAAAAACAUUGGUUUCAAUUAAUUGGAUCAUCAGUAUGGUUAGAACAAUACGGUGUUCAUUUAAUGACAUCAAGAAUUUUCUAUUCAAGCACGGGUGAUAAAGUGAAACCAGUGGUUUCAUUAACUUAUGUCCAAGUAUUUGAUCAUGAAUGGCGUGAGAUUGAAAAUGUCGAAUUGAUAGUUCCUGAUGGUGAAGGUAAAUAUAAACCAAUGACAUAUCCUACGUUUUUACCAAUGUCAGUUUAUCAUAAUGAAAAGCAACAACAAGGUAGAUUCUAUGGAGUAGAAGAUCCAAGAAUAACAUUAGUGAGAAAUAAAUUAGGGUAUGAUGAACCCAUCAUUGUAUAUAAUUCCCAUCAUCGGAAAAUAACUGAUGCCAAAUCUGAUAAUGAUGGUGAAAGUAAUAUUCAUUUCAAAGCCUAUCGAUCAAUCUUUAUGGCAUGGUUAUGGCAAAAUCAAAAGGGGAAAAACAAUGUUGAAGAAAUUGAAACUGGUAAAAUGAAAAAUCGGGUUUAUGUCAAGAGUAAAGAAUUAAUAAAACCUAAUAAUAAAAGAGAAGAUAAAGAAAAAAAUUGGGCUCCAUUUAUUAAUUAUCAACAAAGAUUACAACAAGGAUUUGAUUCUCAUGUUUAUUUCAUGUAUCAAUUCCAGGAUUUAAAAAUUUUAAAAUGUUCACUUUUGGAUGAAGAAGAUUGUGUUUGGGAAUAUCAAUUUAAUGAUAAAAAUGGUGCUGGUAGAUUACGUGGUGGUACUGAAUUAGUCAAUAUAAAUCAAUUAUUAACCACUUUUGAUCAUCCAGAGAUUAAACGAGUGAAAGAUUUAAUGCCGCAAAAUCGAGAAAUUUGGAUUGGGGUCGCUAGAGCAGCAUUAGAGAAAUGUGGCUGUGGUGAUAAAAUGUAUCGUCCAAACAUUGUCAUUUUAAUCAAAGAUGGUGAUGAUCAAUAUAGAUUAUCUCAUGUUUCUCCAUUUGUUGGAUUAGGAAUUCCUAUUUUACCAUGGUGGCCUGAUAAAGGGUUAUGUGAUGGUAAGAAUUUAAUUAUCCCUAAUGGUAUUUCAUCAUGGCAUUUGAAUAAAGAUGAAGAUAAUUCCGUUCAAGAUUAUUUGACCCUUAGUAUAUCUAGAGCAGAUUCAACUGUUGAUCUUCUUCAUAUCAAAGGAUUAUUAAAGUCAAUACUAUUUGAUGAUCCAAACCUGAAAUUAUUAGAAUUGAAUGAUUAUGGGUUUAAUAAUAAGAAUAUUGAAUGUGCUGUGAAAUCUUCAGAUGCAUUUUGUAAAAAAUAUGGAAGUGAGUAUAAACUCAAUAAUAACAAAGAGGAAGAUAAAGCAAAUGGAAAUGGAAAAGGGUCUUCGAGUUAG